AUGGCGUUCCCGUUCCGCUGCAUUGUCUUCUUUGAAGCGUGCUGUGCAUGCUAUGCUUUCAGCAUCGAUGCAGGGUUCACGUGCAGGGCCUCAAGCAACGAGUAUGCAUGUGGCUACGCGCUCGACCGGAAUGUCACCUCCGCAUGGGCAUCCGAUGGUCAAGUGCCACAAUGGCUGGAAGCCCGAAUAGCAGACGGGACCUAUGCAACGCUGGGCUCCUACGCCCUCACAGCGGUGAUUGGGCGUGCUGACCUGGCACCGACGGCGUGGCGCCUGGAAGGGGUUGAGCCAGGCUCCACGCAGCGCCAAAUCCUGGACGAGGCAUGGGGCAAGACAUGGCAGGAAGGCACAACUCACAUCAGAGAUCUGGGAGGCUACAGCUCCUGGAGAAGCUACGUGCUGACCAUGCUGGGAGGCAGCGGUACACAAGUUGCCAUUGCAGAGCUGCAGUUGAUGCCGAAGCUGGGCUAUACUUUCGAAAUUUCUCAUUGGACGCUAUGCUCCGCCACAUGCGGUGGUGGGUCACAGGAGAGGACAGUGGUUUGCAGAGGAGAAGAUGGAGUGAGCUACAGCGACAAUCGCUGCACAACUGGCGAGCCUCCAGCAAGAUCGCGGGCCUGCGGAACUUCGAUUUGUGCUUGCCAGGGCGGUGCAGCUUGCACUGCUAGUUGCAGCUCUUCCAGUGCCGCCACCGCGGACUUGGGCUGUGCGGUUCUCGUCGACGGCUCAAGCCUCACGGCCUGGACAUCAGCCGGGCCCGCGCCGCAGUGGCUAUCUUUUGACUUGGGUAAAGUUAGAGAGCUGGAAGGAUUCUCGUUGACAUCUGGGGAGUGCACCGUUUGCACUUCUUUGCAAGGGCCCUCUAUGAUCUCCUUGGAAGCAAGAAAUGAUGAAAAUGCUGGAUGGCUUGAGCUACGCACACCCUUCAGUGUGGGCGCCUUCUGGUCAUCUGGAGAGACGCGCAGGUGGAACCUCCACGGUGAUAGCAACUCUUUCCGGUUUUGGCGCAUCAACUUCUUGGAGACCUUCGGAGGUAACUCGCAUCCUGUCCACGUGGCCGAAGUCGGCCUGUUCGCACCUCCCGCCAACUACCGACUCGUCACUGGCAGCUUUGGUGCGUGCGAACCGCUCGGUGGUGCCGGCGCUUGUGGCAUGGGAGUCAGCAGGCGUCAAGUCACGUGCUUCGACGACGAGGACUACCCCCAUCCAUUGGAGAACUGCGAGGACGGGCCAGAAACUGCCACAGAGCAGGGCUGUACUGUGGACUGCCCAGAGCUGGUGGUAUCAAGUGCCUCAGCACAUCCGAAUUUCUUUGGCAUCCUGAGGAGCCUUCUUCUUCGAGUCGGCGGUUUUGAUGCAGCCAUUGAUUCCCUUUUGCAGCUGGCCAGCUGCAUUCUCCAUGGCGAGGCAACAGCACAUGCUCUUCUUCUGAAGGGGCCGCCUGGAUCUGGAAAGACCUAUUUGGCCACUGUCUUUGCCGAAGCUGUGGGUGUGAAGCCAGGCCUGGCAGGGGCUUGCCCUUCUAUGUUACAUGGACAAGCGAACAGAGAAGGCUUGGCACUCUUCCGAACGAACUUGUCGUUGUCUACAGCUCGGGCUCGACAACGCGCACAAGGCAUGCUGAUACAACCAACAUUGGAGGUUUUGCUGCUGGAAGGUGCAGAAGGUCUUGUGGAGAAAAGGGGCGAAGAGAGCACAGAGGAGGCUCAGCUGUGUCUGAAAGAAGUUUUCGUCGAGCUGCUAUGUCAAGAAAUGCAGAUGUGGUACCGCGAACGGCUUCCUAUCCUCCUGCUGGUGCCGUGGCCGGAGAGUGCCGCGAGUAGCCUGGAGUUUGGUCCGAUUGGGUCCGUGGUUUUGCCCGUGCCACUGGGCUGGAAACAGCGCGAAGCCGUGCUCCAGGUUUCUUUGCGGAAUGUGGAACUGGAGGAGAGCAUUGUCUUGAUGCCCUGGCUGGUGGAGAUCACAGCUGGCUUCCUGCCUUCAGACUUGGUGGCACUCUGUCGUGCAGCCGCUUUGACGGCCGCUGCACGCGAAGGCACCAGGGCAACGUUGAGGAAAAGUCACUUCGACUCAGCUCGAGCUGUUGUGGAUCCUGCCGCCAUUCGUGGAACUUGUGCCACGAAGCCACAAGUGCUGAACAUUUUGAAGACUUCGUCCCCAGGCUUGGAUGCGGUGAUUGGCCAGGAUGCAGCAGUCCUUCUCCUGCGAUCCAUGGUAGUUCAACCUUUCAGGUGUAUGCAAAAUGAGGAACAAUGCAGUACUGAACCACCGAUUGGAAUUCUGCUGAGUGGGUCCCCUGGUAGUGGCAAGACCUUUCUUGCUGCACAACUGGCAGCCGAACUGUCGACCCACCUUUUCAACGCGUCUCCGGCUGAUCUGUUGGCAUCACGCGUUGGUGAUGCUGAGAAGCACCUUUCAGCCCUCUUCAGAUCAGCCAGAGGCUGCGCGCCUAGUGUCAUUGUGCUGGAGGACCUGGAAAACCUAGCAGCUGGAGCUGGAGAAGUCGGAGGAGCGGAAUCGGCACCCGAGACUUGCAUCUCUUACGUUCUCCGACAGGAGCUCGACACGAUCAAGGCCAGGCGACAGGAGCAUCGAGAACUCCGAGCUGGCGUCUCUUACAGCCCACGGGCCUCCGAGGCUUUGAUGCUCGUCGUGGGAACUUCGACGAAGGUCCAACAUCAGCUGCCGAGCUGGCUUCUUGCGCCUUACCGCUUCUCAACUUGUCUGCAACUCACACCCAAGCUCACAGAGAAGGACGUGCUUGCGCUGAUGCAACGGCAUCUGGGGAAUCAAGCCACGAUGGUUCAGCCUGAUGAGGAUGUGCUGGAAUCUCUCUGCAAGGUGACCUAUGCCGAUGUGGUGGCUGCAUGUCGAGCUGCUUCUGUCACAGCACUUCGAAGGGUCAUCCACACAGAGCGCCCAUCACCCAAUGAUAGGGUUGAGCUGACGUCGCAGUGGAUGGCAAGCGUUCGAUGUGCAGCCUUCAAGGCGCCGCUGGGCUCAUGGGAGCCAAGCUCCGCUGAUGUGGACGUCGCGCUCUACUCUGGCCUUGGCACGGCGGAUUCCAUGAAUGGCACGACAGACGUGGAGGGCCAGUUCGAUGCAAAGUGGUUGGAGGUUCGCAGAUUUUUGGCAAAGGCCUCCGGAUUAGCUUUCAGAAAGCUUCCAGAGGUUCUGGUGAUCUCGAUGCUUGCAGGAUGGGAUGCUAUACUGAUCGACCAGCGGAUCCAGAUCUGCCAGAAGACCGCGGCAGCCAAGUUCAGGCGUGGGCAGUCAAAGUCGUCAAAAUUGACCGUCGACGUGCAAGAAACAGCAUUGCUGGCGCAGGAUCUUCAACAUCGGUUUCUGCGAGAGCAGUCAGCUGUCACAUCGGCAUUUGUGGAGAACGUGAAAGCUCUAGGGGAAGAGGUGGCAGCACUGAGGACAAAGGCUGCAAUGUCGAUCGACGUGGCAUCGCGGUCCGAGGCAAUGGUGAAAGAGCUCUGGGACAGGUUUCCCGAAGCCGGUCACGAAGUGCAAAUCCUCAACUCCAAGUUCGAAGCACUCCAGGCACGCAUGAAUGUGACCUUGUCGAGUGACAAGACUGGGAGACUGGAGGAGGUCAAGAAAGCCUUGGAAGGACAACACGCCGCACAUGAGUCCAAGCAGAACUCCAUGGCAUCUCGUUUGGAUGCUCUGGAGUGCAAAGUUGCAGGCUUCAUGGAUGCUCACGACAAGCAAAAGCAGAUGCUAGAACUACAGAACACAUCCCAUACUGAGAUGGCCAGUCAGGUUAGGGCUCAGGUGGCGCACCACGCUGCCCUUGCUCAGCGUAUGACCAAUGCUGAAGGUUUGAUGGCAGAAGCUGGUCGUAAAAAUUCUCAGGAGAUCUUGGCCCUCGAGAAGCUUCUCGAGCAGGUACAAGCGACUAGGUCCCCAGCGCAACUCUCCAUUGAGGAGCUACGGCAGUCCUUGGCCAGCGCUGAGGCACAAGCUACACAGGCAGCGCAACAGGCCGCACAACUUGCGCAGCAGCAGGGCUCUUGGAAUUUGCGCUUGAAGACGUUGGAGGAACGGAGCAAAGAUGGCGGCUUCGUAAACUCGAUGCAGGAGCUACAGGUGACUAUUCAGGGACUCCGUGAAGAGCGCGAGGCGAGCUUCCGGUCUGCCGAGCAGCGAUUUGCACACCUGGAGCAGUCCAUGGCCUCCCUGACAUCCGAGCAGUCCUUUCAACUUCAGAAGUUCCAGCGGAGCUUCCAGGAGAUGCAACAACAAGUUGCCAGUGAGCUGAAUUCCCGCAUGGCCCAUCACACUGCUAUCGACGGGCGUCUUGGCCGAAUGGAGAGCAGCUUACGACAUUCCCCUGAUGCACAAACUGGACAACAACUGGAAGCGGUGCUCAAGAGCAUCCAGGAGCUUGCGAUCCAGCUUCGAGAUGGCAAAGUCCAGUUGGAUGAGCUGCAAAAGGUCACGGCUGAGCUGCGCACCAGGCACGAAGCCCUCAAAGAGCUGUCAGAGGCAGACAAGGCGGCCAAAACCUCGGUAGAUGCACGGCUGUAUCGAUUGGAGAAGGCAUUUUCCUCCCAGGCGCAAGAGCUGCAAGGGUUCCUUUGCAAAGCCCAGGAGUUGAAAGGUCAGGACCGAGCCAAAGACAAAGGGCACAGGGCAUCCGACCUGCGGCUGCCGGAGGCAACGCGAGAGGGCCAGGGCCGGAAUCCAUCCAAGGAUUUGAGAGGUGAUCCGCUGGCAUUGACCGUUGCUGGCAAAGAAACGAGUACUGAUUGGAUGGCACUUUGGCUUCAUGUGACAAGGUUGCGCGGAAAGUGCGGUUGUGGAGAUGACUAUGGCCAAUACGGUGAGCAGAAGCCGAACAUCACUGCUGGAAUCCCAGGGUGUGACUGCAAUGGCCCAUACUUCGCCUAUCAUGCGAAUUGCGUCUGGGAGCAGACGAGUGGUCGAUUCGGGGACGAGACGAUGUUGCCAUUGCAGACACAGUCUGUGACCACGACGUCAGCAGAGAUGUUGGCAGCAGUGGACAAGAACACCCGAAUUCGUUGUAAUGUCACAGCAAUUGGCAUCAGCACGAUUCCCCGAACAUCUGCUAUUUGUAGCAGCCGGGGCUGCACUUUGUCCAUGACGAAUUUGGCUCCAUCGACAACAUACACAGUGUCAUGUGAAGCCGAAGCAGAUGUCCGACACAGAAGCAAGCGCUUGGGUACCCUCCUGGUCAGAACUCUCGAUCCGUAUGUUCCUCCCGCGACGCCGGCACCGACUCGACCACCGCUGGAUCUCACUGAGCCAGAGUAUGCUCUGGAGAGCACGGCAGCUCCUAUCCUGUUAUCUCCGCAUGGUGACCCUCCCUGGACAUGGCUACCUUUCGUUGCAGGUGCGGCAGCCUGCCUUUCGCUUUUCCCGUCGCUUCAGUGCUGCACCAGUGGCAAGCGAUCGGCUGUGCUUGCAUCACUCGAGCUUCCGCAUACUUUCUGGCUGGUUUGGGAGCUUGUCUUGGUAGCAGAUGCUGCGCUCGGUGCCGUUUUCCUUUUGGAUCUGCUGAACAGCCGCUACGAGCGGGAAGCGCCAUAUUGGGAUGAGCUUAGCCUCUUUCAGGCUGCCGUUUUGACAUAUCAAGCAGCUAUCCACGGCCUUGCAUUCCUUUUUUUUGGAUUCUUUCCGUCGGCUAUGCGCUGCCUCGCUCAUGAGCUUGGUCGAGAUCGCCCAGGCCACAACUGGACACUGCUGCGUCAUAAGGGAAGGCAGCACCGCACUGGUGUCAAGAGCCACAAGUCGUCAUUGCCACCAGAAUUGGAUGCGCAGCAAAACCCUUCACCCCUCCACUAUCUUCCAGCAGCAUCGCUCUUGGCAGUCUGCCAAGCCAACGACCAUGACAUGCAGCUUGUUGUGCCACGAAAGUUUGGAAUCAACAGCAUCCACUUGUUUGCUAGUGCAGUGCAAGCAGCCUGCGCGGCACUUUACGCAUCUCACUCCUGGCCAAUGCAAGCCUCCUUAGGAGCAAGCAUUGCCUGCAUGUGUACGUUUGUUGUGAUGGGCAUCUUUGCAUCCUUGGCAAUGUUGCGCGUGCAUCAGGUUAACAAAGAGGGUCUUGUACAGCUAGAUGCCAGGCUGGAAGUGCAGGCGAUCCAGUCCCCCGGGCUACGCUCUGCGUCUGCUGGGGGAUCUGCGCCGCUGCCACCCAGAGUUGGCCUACAGGGGCCCCCUGCCAGAGGCGCUCGGCCUCUGGGCAAAGCCCAGGGCAUUGGCAGAACUUGA